AUGAUUAACAAUAGGCAUUGCAAUCGUUUAUCAUUUAUUAUCCUUUACACAUCAAUAUUAGUAGCGCUUCAGAUGGCAGGAAGAAAUGAAUGGUAUCUUUUCAUCCAAGGAUUUAUUCCGAAUCAUCAAUUCAACGUCGGCGAUGGAAUUCCGCAUGAUAUCGAGAGUUCAACGUUUCUAGUUAAAGAAAUUCUAAAAAUCUUAUCAGAUAGAUACCAAAAUCACGCUUUAAACUAUCUAGCAGAAAAAUUAUUAACUCACACUUAUUUCAUGAACAGCAAGCAAAUGAAAGAUAUUAGCUAUGUUGCUGGCUGCUUAUUUUCUUCAUAUGACAACUAUACUUGUCCGGAAAGUCCACCAUCGAUUGAAAGAAAGAUACCAUCAGCAACACAUUCAUUAACUAAAUGUAAAAUUCCUGAAUAUUUCCCUGAAGUUGUAGUAUUUCAUCAUGGAUUGAAACAUUCCAAGCGUCAGAUUAAAGAAUAUAUUAAAAAUCGCGAUAUGAUUGAUGCUGGUGCAUAUAUAGGUGACUCUGCAUGCAUUUUAUCUAGCUAUACAAAUAAAAAAAUUUAUUCAUACGAAAUCAGUAAAUCUAACUACAACGCUCUCAAAGCAGUCGUUAAAAACAAUAAUAUUGAUGACAAGGUAGUUACAUUUAGAAAAGGUCUUGCGUCGAAAGAAGGCGUGAUGCAUUUAAUUGAUACGGGAAAUAGCGGUGCAAGUAUUGUCAAAGAAGGUAAUGAAAACAUUUCAUUAGUAACAAUUGAUGACGAAGCACGGAAAUAUAAUAUGAAAAUCGGAUUUAUGAAAGCAGAUUGCGAAGGAUUUGACUUGGAAGUUCUAAAAGGAGCAGCAGAUGUAAUAAGAAGGGAUAGGCCUGUUAUAUCUUUCCAAACUUAUCAUAACUUUGAAGAAUUUUUCGGAAUUCCGGAAUUCAUUAUGAGUUUUCCAAACUAUAUGUUCUAUUUCCGUGUUGAAGGUAUAAAUAAAAAUGCGCUUGGUGAAUAUGGUAUUUUUGCAUACCCUGCAGAAAUAAUUUACCCAACUUAUACUCCUUCUCAAAUGGAUGAAAUUAGAAACUUCCCAGGCAUCAAUAUUUCAACAUGGAAUGCUUUCUGA